GUCUUCCCCGUGGUCAAGCAAGCGCAUGGGUCCCUCUGGACCCGCUGCACACAGCAGUGAAGAGUCUCCGAGCUGCAGCGGAACCAGUUACUGCGGAACCUUUCUUCUCGCCCCGGGUGCCCCGGCCCGCCCGGAAGGAAAUGCGUCAUGGACCGCGCCACGCCGAGGCAGUCGGAUCUCGGUCGCCCCGGUAACCCGCGUGGGGCCGGUUCCACACCAUGAGCGUCCGGGUGGCGCGGGCUCUGAGGGGCUGGGGCUGGGGCGCGGGCUGCCGCCGCGGCGCCUCGGACUUCCGGCUGCCGCCGCCGGGCGCCGUGGACGUGGCGGAGCUGCUGCGAGAUGCGACGACAGCCGAGGAGGGGCCCCGGGAGGCGGUGGCGCGGCGGCCGCCCGACCAGUGUUCGGUGCUGCUCUUCCCGGGCCAGGGCAGCCAGGUGGUGGGCAUGGGCCGCGGUCUGCUCCGCUACCCGCGCGUCCGCGAGCUCUACGCCGCCGCCAGCCGCGUGCUGGGCUACGACCUGCUGGAGCUGAGCCUGCACGGGCCGCAGGAGGCCCUGGACCGCACCGCGCACUGCCAGCCCGCGAUCUUCGUGGCCUCGCUGGCCGCCGUGGAGAAACUGCAUCACCUGCAGCCUGCGGUCAUUGAGAACUGCGUUGCUGCUGCUGGGUUCAGUGUGGGAGAAUUCGCAGCCCUGGUGUUUGCCGGAGCCAUGGAGUUUUCCGAAGCCCGGCCUGGGCACCUCGCCCGGAGCACGCUGAGCGCAGACAGGACCCCGAGCGAGGGGCUGCGGCAAAGGACUGGAGUCGACGCUUCCCUAAAGAAGGCACACCGCUGGCCGCUGGGCGCGGGGAAAGAUGUGCAGCAUCACCGGUCAGGAGGGGAAUGCAAAUGAAAACCACGGCGAGACACCACCUCGCGGCCAGCAGGGUGGCUGUAAUUUAGAACAACAACGAGGAAAACAGGGGUGGCGAGGGUGUGGAGAAACAGGAACAUACUGGAAGAGUGGGAGGUGGUGCAGCCGCUGUGGUAGAGGUUGCCGGGGCCUCAAAAAGCCCAGCGUAGAAUUGCCGUAUGAGCCAGCAGUUGUCCUCAGAGGUCUGUACUUAGGACGAAACGUGUGUCCACACAGACAGACUCGCACACGAGUGUUUGUAACGGCCGGACGGUGGAAACGGUGCCCACGUCCGUCUCCAGGUGGACGGAUAAGCUGGCGGUGCAUCCGUCCGGGGGAACAGUGUUCAGGAAGGAGGCGCUGGCACGCGCUGCACCAGGGACGAGCCUCAGAAAGGUGCUCACCGUGGCGCCAGGCACAGAUGUCACACUCUGUGCGACCCCUUUUAUGUGAAAUGUCCGGGACGGGCAAAUCCACAGAGACUCGGAUGAUCGGUUCCUGGGGGAGGGGAGGAGGCGUGGGGAGGGGUUCCACGGGGGGGUGGGCAGUGUUUUAGGGAGUGCGGGAAAGUUCCGAAAUUAGAGCUAGUGACUGCACAACGUUGUGAAUACAACAUAUGCCUCUACAGACACACCUGAAACUGGUUAUACGGAUAUAUUUUAUCUACUUUAAAGAUCUUAUUUGUAGAGAGAGGGGAAGGGAGGGAGAAAGAGAGGGGGAGAGACAUCGAUCGGUCACCUCCCCUACGUGCCCUGACCAGGACUGAGCCCGCAACCCAGGCGUGUGCCCUGACCCGCAACAGAGCUGGCGACCUUUCCCUCUGGGGGUUCAGAGUGAGGACGCCCAACCCAUGAGCCACCCCAGUCAGGGCAGACGCUGGUUAUAUUCCAUGCGAAUCCCACCUCCAUGGUUCUUUUUAGUACAGCACUAUUAAGGACAUGAGAAAAGUUUCAUAUUUCCACAUGCUAAUAAAACUUGUAUGCGUAGUUUU